CUUCUACCCAACGCUUGCUUUGCCCAAUCACUCAUUUUCUAAUCCAAUUAAAUAAAAUAAAUAUUCACUUUAGCUUAGUGGGAGUGAAGUGUAAUGGCAUUCAUACCCAUAACUUGGGUUUGAGUAGACCCAGUUGUGAAUUCUUAGAGAGAGAAAGAAAGUAUAGAGUAGUGAAAUUCUUACAUAGGGAAGGGAGGGAGGGAGAAAAGAGAAAGAGACAGAUGCUCUGGACAUGGGGAAAUUGCAAGGACAGAGACUGCCUUUGCAGCAGAACAUCGAUGGUUCUAGAACCUUCUUCUGUCGGAUGGGUCUUUCUAGAAUCUUCAGUUUCAAGUGUAUCGUCGUUUUGGUACUGAGUAUUGCCCUUUUUCUCUCUGCCUUAUUCUGGAUCAUUCCACAUCGUUCUAAGCCAUCUGGAUUCGACGCCAAAGAGGCAAUCAAACUUGCCUCCACUACUCAAGCAUACUUCAGAUUGGAGAAGCCAGUUUCAGAUAUUGUUCCCCACAUUGCAAGACUGGAGUAUGAUAUUUUGGAAGAGAUUGCUAUCCCUGGCAUAAAGGUUGCAGUCCUAUCCGUGCAUGGAGCAGGUGUGGCUAACCAGACUGACAUAAUAUUUGGCUUUCUUCCGGAUCCAGUUGAUUCUUCUAUUUCUCCAGUGUCCUUAAGUCUAUUGAAGUCUGCUUUAUUAGAUCUAUAUCUUCGAGAUACCAAUUUGACACUAACUUCCUCGAUUUUUGGACGGCUGUGUUCAUUUGAGGUCUUGAAAUGUCCUGGUGGAAUCACUAUGAUGCUCGAACGCUUAUCCAUUUUGAACCUACCCGAUAUCCUCUUCAAUUUUACUCUCCAUAAUUCUACCGAUGAAAUAAGGGAAAAUUUUAUUGAGCUGAAGGAACAACUGAAUUUUUACUUGCGUCUCAGGACGGAUGAGCAUGUAUUUUUACAGGUAACAAAUAAAAUUGGCUCCACUAAAGAUCCCCCAGUUAUUGUCGAAGCUUCACUAUAUUCAGACUCUGGGAGAAUACCGGCUCAGAGGUUACAACAAUUGGCUCAAAUAAUUAUGGGAUCUGUUCCUGCAACUAAUCUUGGCCUUGAUCACUCUAUUUUUGGUAAAGUGAAGCAAGUACGUUUAUCUUCCUUUCUAAACCGUACUGGUGACGCUGCCCCACCAACCCUUCCUCCUGCUCCAACUCCAGCUCCUUCUCCAAAUGAACCUUUGUGGCCAUCACCUUCCCCAUCACCAGCUGUUUCUUCAUCUCCAGCUCCCUUGCCCAACUGUCAUAGGUUCCUACGAUCACAUGAUAAGCUUCAUUGUAGCUCAACUCGUGGAAAAGAGCCUAGCGGUUCUCCAUCUCCCAUGGCUGAUCCACCUUCUCCUGUGACAAAUACUAGUCCACGUUCAAGUAGUUCCAGAAUUGUAGCAAGCCCAUCACCAUAUGCUCCCAGUUAUCCUCCUAAAUUAAGUCCCGGGUUGAAGCUGUCUCCUGGUCCUUCUCCUUUAUCUGCUGAAUCAUAUGGCUCUGGUAACAUGAGGAAUGUAAGAGAUGACAUAUCUCGUCCACUAAUGUCUUCCUCAAUCUCAUCUUCAUCAUCAUCUUUUGCACCUGACUUUUCUUAUAAGGAGCUUUGCUUAUUCUGGUUAUUCGGAUUAACAGUACUUCAUAUCCUUAAUUGAACAUGGUGACAAUGUCAUGUUCUCUUUCUACAAGAAAUUCUCAUCUUUAAAGGAAAAGAGAGAAGUAUACUUAGCAACAAACAGCUUUAUUUGACUAGGAUUUUAGCAUCUUUUGCCGAUUAGUUUGUGGUUACCAUGAGAAGCCAUGUUAUACCCUAUAUGAACAGAAGAAAUCACAGGUCAAAGCCAAAUGGUGGCAGGCCUCUAAUUGACACAAUUACUUCACAUGAAGACAUUAAAAGAUGUUUCUUCCCGAAGGGAAUGAUUACUCAGGAAAACAACAGUUUCAGAUACAUGCUCAUCUGCAGGUUUUCAAGGAGAUACCAGUCGUAAGAUGUGUUGGUUCUUCUUGAACAAGCUGCAAAACAUGUAACUACGCAUUAUAUAACCUCACUAUACGUGAUGUAUAUUCUUACUUUAAUCUGUAAUUAGCUGCUUUUGAUGUGCUGAACUUCAAUCAGAUAAAAAUAGCAGCCUUUUGGCUCUUUCUGUCUAAUGUUCCAAACUA